AGUUAUGCUUUUGGAUUCUAAAUCUGAUGAAUUAUACACAGAUAAGGAUUUUUAAUUAGAUUAAGCUGAAAGAUACAUAGAAGUAUUUAAUUAAUUAAAAGUAUCAUUAUUAUUUUUUAUUUAUAAUUAUAGAAUCAAAAUUUUUAUGAAUUGGAUUUAGAUAAAAUGUUGGAACUUACAAUUUAUAUUGUGAAUAAUACUCAUUAUCAACAAAAAUUUAAGUUAUCUGAAGAUAGAAAAUAAGUUACACCUAGAGAAUUGCUGAAUUAUAUUGAAAAAUUAUAUAGAUAAUGA